AUGUCUCAAGGCAUUUACUUGGGAGAGGGCCCUGUGAGACGGCCACAAGCUACUGGCAAUCCCCUAUUGAGGAAGAUUCAGCGGUCAUGUAGGUUAUCUUUACCGGAGCCUGACUUAGCUUUGAAUUUGGAUGUCGCGGAUUAUAUCAAUGAUAAGCAAGGUGCAUGUCCUAGAGAUGCUGUGAUUGCCAUUGUCAAACUAAUAAAUAGCAGGGAUACACAUACCGCAAUCUUUGCGCUGUCCUUAUUGGACGUUUUGGUCAAGAAUUGUGGCUAUCCUUUACACCUGCAAAUAUCUCGAAAGGAAUUCUUGAAUGAAUUGGUCAAAAGGUUCCCAGAACAUCCACCAUUACGGUAUUCGAAGGUUCAAAAAUUGAUCCUGACAGCAAUUGAAGAAUGGUAUCAAACUCUUUGCAAGCAUGCAAGUUAUAAAGACGACUUGGGAUACAUAAGAGACAUGCAUAGAUUGCUAAAAUAUAAGGGUUACAUUUUUCCAAAAAUCAACGAAUCAGACCUGGCUGUUCUGAGACCAAACGACCAAUUGAAAACUCCAAGUGAAAUUCAAAAGGAACAAGAGGUUGCACAAGCUGCCAAAUUGGAAGAAUUAAUUAGACGUGGUAAACCAGAAGAUUUAAGAGAGGCAAAUAAAUUGAUGAAAGUCAUGGCCGGGUUCAAGCAAGACAAUGUCAACGAUGCUAAACAAUCAAUUUUGAGCGAAUUGAAUAAAUUGAAGAGAAAAGCUGAUCUCCUAAAUGACAUGCUAAGUUCGGCUGAAGAGGUUGACAUUCAAAAUGAUACAAUUGUAUCACUUUUUUCCAGUUUGAAAAGCGCACAACCAAAAUUUCUAAAGAUUAUCCAAGAAGAACAAGAGGACGAAUCCUUGGUUCAGGACCUCUUGCAGUUCAACGAUACGGUUAACCAACUGCUAGAGAAGUUUGAUCUAUUUAAAAUUGGAAAUAAAGAAGCCGCUUCUCACAUCAAUCCUUCUAGUAUUUCUUCGGCAACUACUUCAACUGGUGCUGCGGGAGGUGCGUUAGCAAAUGAAAUCAACCUAAUAGAUUUUGAUGAUGAGACAGACAGUCAAGAUCCGUCGACUUCAUCCACUGGUAAUCAAAACGGUUUGCAAGGGGAAUCUGUUACUGAUUUAUUAAGUGAUCUUAAUGAAUUGUCCAUCUCAUCAAACUCAAAUAUGCCAAAUUUUGGUGCAGGUGGAAGCAUCUCCCUUGGUGCAGCUGAACCAGCAGUACCUGUUACAACUACACCAACAAAUUACUCAAAUACCAAUGAUGUAGAUCUAUUAGGAGGUUUUUCGGCUCCAUCUACUAGCGGUACAGCACCACAAGCGAAAUCUAAUUCUUUUGACCUACUGGGUGACUUCAGCAGCCCUAGCCCAAUUUCAUCCACCACUCAAAGAACGUUGGUGAACCGCUCUGAUAAUUUAAAGAUUGAAUUUGAGAUUCAUAGAGAAUCUGACUCCACAUUGAAGGUAAAAACAUUCUUUUCCAACACGUCUGCAAACGCAAUCUCAAAUCUAAAUUUUCUGCUUGCUGUCCCAAAGACAAUGACUUUGAGGUUACAACCUCAAACAGGCUCAUUCGUUGGAUCUUUUGCGCAAGAUGCGGUCAGUCAGGAAUCAUGGAUAGAUAAUGCUAUGGUCAAUGUAGGCAAAGCGUUAAAAAUUAAAUGGAAAGCAACUUAUUCUUUCGAAGGAAAACCAGUUGAAGAAACUGCUGUUUUCACUUUUUCAGAAGUAUAA